GUUGAACAUUUCCACACAGCAGUCAGUCCGUCAGUCCGUCAGCGAUGUUCAUCGAAAACGCGAUUAAUCUACACUAACUCUCAUUUACCGGUUCAGACAUUCUCACGUGAGCAUUUGUGAUGUUGAAGUUUAAAUAUGGAGGCCACGGCAGCGUUAAAGAUCUGUCUGCCGUCGACUCCAUCACAAGCCGCUGCGCUCGACUCAAUCAGCUGCUGCAGGGGAAGUGCAGCACGUCAGGUUCUUCCGGAGUGAAUGGAGUGCCCAGAGAAACUCUGAUUGAUGCUUUUCUGCUGCUCUAUCAAGAGUGUGCCACACCAGAGCUCAUGAAGAUCAAACAUGUGGCCAACUUUGUCAAUAAAUAUGCUGAAGUGGUGGCUGAAGUUCAGGAACUGCUUCCUGGCAAGAAGGAUUUCGAGAUGAGGGGGAUCGUGGGAAGGGGACACUUCUCUGAGGUGCAGGUGGUGAAGGAGAGAUCUACGGGAGACGUAUACGCCAUGAAGAUCAUGGACAAAAACAGCCUGUGUUCACAGGACAAUAUGGCGUUCUUUGAGGAGGAGCGAAGCAUCUUGGCCUUGAACUCCAGUCCUUGGAUCCCUCAGCUUCAGCACGCUUUCCAGGACCAGGACCACGUCUAUCUGGUGAUGGAGUUUCUGCCUGGCGGUGAUCUCAUGGCUUUGAUGAACAGAUAUGAAGAUCAGAUAGACGAGUCUAUGGCUCAGUUUUACCUGGCAGAGCUCGUACAGGCCAUUCACUCGCUUCAUCAGAUGGGAUACGUUCACAGAGAUAUUAAACCAGAGAACGUUCUGAUCGACCGGACGGGUCACAUUAAACUGGCUGACUUUGGAUCGGCAGCCAGAUUGACUGCUAACAGAACGGUGACGUCCUCCAAGCUCCUAGUGGGUACUCAAGACUUCCUGGCCCCUGAGAUCCUGUCCGCGCUUAACGGAGGGUCGACAUGCACCUACGGCCCUGAGAGCGACUGGUGGUCUCUGGGCGUCAUCGCUUAUGAAAUGAUCUACAUGAAGUCACCUUUUGCUGACGGCACAACCACAAAAACUAUCAACAACAUCAUGAACUUUCAGCGUUUUCUGAAGUUCCCAGAGGAAUCCAAAGCCAGCGCUCAGUUUGUGGACCUGCUUCAGAGUUUGUUAUGUGGAUCGCGGGAGCGUCUGGGAUACGAGGGCCUGCGCUCGCAUCCGUUCUUCGCCUCCAUCGACUGGACCAACCUGAGACACGCUCUCCCUCCGUUCGUUCCCUCUCUGCGUUCCGAGGAUGACACCUCCAAUUUCGAGGAGCCCGAGAGGCCCCCCCGCCCCACGGCCGCUGCCCAGCGAGAUCAUCCUCGCGCAGGCUUCCACGGACAAGACCUGCCCUUUGUAGGGUGGUGCUUCAGUCGGGCCCUGACCGCACUGGCCAAGUCUGAAUCGGUUGGCGCAGGGCUCAACUCACCUGCCAAGACCAACUCCAUGGAAAAAAAACUGCACCUCAAAAGCAAAGAACUGCAAGACACUCAAGACAAAUGUCACAAGAUGGAGCAAGAGAUCUCGCGGUUUCAGCGUAAGAUGACUGACCUGGAGUCAGUCCUCCAGCAGAAGGAUGUGGAGCUCAAAGCCUCCGAGACCCAGAGGAGCAUCCUGGAGCAGGACCUCGCCACCUACAUCACUGAAUGCAGCAGUCUGAAGCGCAGUCUGGAACAGGCUCGUGUUGAAGUGUCACAGGAAGAUGAUAAAGCUCUCCAGCUCCUCCAUGACAUCAGAGAACAGAGCAACAAACUCCAGGAGAUCAAAGAGCAGGAGUAUCACGCUCAGCUGGAGGAGAUGCAGGUGACCAUCAGACAGCUGGAGGAGGACCUUUCUGCCGCCCGCCGCCGCAGCGACCUGUACGAGACAGAGCUGCGAGAGUCACGGCAGACCAGCGAAGAGCUCAAGAGGAAAGCGGCCGAAUACCAGCAGAGGAUCCAGAAGGCGAAGGAGCAGGGCAAAGCGGAGGUGGAGGAGCUGCUCUCUAAACUCGAGAAGACAAACGCAGAGCAGCAGCUGAAGAUCCAGGAGCUGCAGGAUAAACUCUCAAAGGCGGUGAAGGCGAGCACAGAGGCUACGGAGCUGCUGCAGAACAUCCGUCAGGCCAAAGAGCGCCUGGAGCGAGAACUGGAGCGUCUGCGCAACAAAUCUGACCCCAGCGACACGCUGCGCAGACGUCUGCGAGAAACUGAGGAGGGCAGAAAGACUUUGGAAAACCAGGUGAAGCGUCUGGAGAUGGUGGAGCGUCGAGAGAAUAAACUAAAGGAUGACAUCCAGACCAAAUCCCAACAGAUUCAACAGAUGGCUGAGAAGAUACUGGAGCUUGAGGAAAACUUGCGGGAGACUCAGGCUACAGCACAGAGGAUGGAAGCCCACCUGGUACAGAAAGAGCGACUUUAUGAGGACAAAAUCAAGGUUCUGGAGGCUCAGAUGAAAGCAGAUCUGGCUGAUAAAGAGUGUCUGGAGCAGAAACGAGCUCAGCACGAGGAAGAGGCGCGUGAGAAAUGCAAACUCAUCAGUGAGCAGAAAGCUACCAUCAACGCCAUGGACAAUAAGAUGAAGAGUCUGGAGCAGCGGAUCGCUGAACUCUCUGAAGCCAAUAAACUGGCGGCCAACAGCAGCAUUUACACACAGAAAAACAUGAAAGCUCAGGAGGAGAUGAUCUCAGAGCUACGGCAGCAGAAGUUUUACCUGGAGUCGCAGGCGGGAAAACUAGAAGCUCAGAACGCCAAACUGGAGGAACAUCUGGAGAAGAUGAGCCAGCAGGAGCAGACCAGGAAGAGCCGCAUCCUGGAGCUGGAGACCAGACUCAGAGAGAUGGGUCUGGAGCACGAGGAGCAGAAGCUGGAGAUCAAGCGUCAGGUGACGGAGCUCACGCUCUCGCUGCAGGAGAGAGAGUCUCAGAUCAGCAGUCUGCAGGCCGCGCGACACGCGCUGGAGAGUCAACUACAGCAGGCUAAGACCGAACUGGAGGAGACGACGGCCGAGGCUGAGGAGGAGAUCACUGCACUGAGAGCCCACAGAGAUGAGAUCCAACGCAAGUUUGACGCGCUGAGAGACAGCUGCUCGGUGAUCACGGAUCUGGAGGAGCAGUUGACCCAGCUGACCCAGGAGAACGCAGAGCUGAAUCGGCAGAACUUCUACCUGUCCAAACAGCUGGACGAGCUGACGGUGGAGAGCGAGGAGAGACUGCAGCUCAGUCAGGACGUGGACCGUCUGCGCAGAGAGGUGGCCGACCGAGAGAUGCACCUCAACAACCAGAAACAGAACAUUGAAACUCUGAAGACCACGUGCAGCAUGCUGGAGGAGCAGGUGGUGGAGCUGGAGAGUCUAAACGAUGAGCUCUUGGAGAAGGAGAGACAGUGGGAGAACUGGAGAUCCGCUCUGGAGGACGAGAAGAACCAGGCGGAGCGCAGAACCCGAGACAUGCAGAGAUUACUGGACAAUGAGAAGCAGAACAGGUUGCGAGCGGACCAGCGCAGUACGGAGUCCCGGCAGGCGGUUGAACUGGCCGUACGAGAGCACAAGGCUGAGAUCGUGGCUUUGCAGCAGGCCUUGAAAGAGCAGAGACUUAAAGCGGAAAGUCUGUCUGAUACUCUCAAUGACCUGGAGAAGAAACACGCCAUGCUGGAGAUGAACGCAAGGAGCCUUCAGCAGAAACUCGAGACGGAGAGAGAACUCAAACAAAGACUCAUGGAAGAGCAAGGGAAGCUGCAGCAGCAGAUGGACCUGCAGAAGACGCACAUCUUCAGACUGACGCAGGGACUGCAGGAUGCGCUGGACCAGACCGACCUGCUCAAGACAGAGAGGACCGACCUCGAAUACCAGCUGGAGAACAUACAGGCUGUCUACUCGCACGAGAAAGUGAAAAUGGAGGGAACCAUCUCACAGCAGACCAAACUCAUCGACUUCCUGCAGGCCAAGAUGGACCAACCUUCCAAGAAGAAGAAGGGUAUAUUCGGGCGACGGCGCGAGGAGGUGGGCGUCACGGCAAACGGUGCCACUGCAGUGUCAUCACAACCCUCCGUUCCCCUCCAGUACAGCGACAUGAAAGCGGCGCUGGAGAAAGAGAGAUCACGCUGCUCUGAGCUGGAGGAGGCGCUGCAGAAGAUGAGGAUUGAGCUGCGCUCCUUACGAGAGGAGGCGGCUCAUUUUAAAGCGCAGGAGCACGUGGCUCCGUCCACACCGGCCUCGGCCCGUCAGCAGAUCAUCAUGUCGGCCAUCGUGAAAUCUCCGGAGCGCCAGCCCAAUCCCAGCAGCCUCCUGAACCCGUCCAGCUCGGCCCGCCGCAAAGAGAACUCCACGCCGGAGGAAAAGAGGAGGGUGACGUUUGAAAAGUACGGGCGACGUGUGAAGGAGCGAAUGCAUCACAACAUCCCACAUCGCUUCACGGUGGGGCUGAACAUGAGAGCGGCGAAAUGUGCCGUCUGUCUGGACACGGUUCACUUUGGCCGACAGGCUGCAACGUGUCUGGAGUGUCGUACUCUUUGCCACCCCAAGUGUUCUCCGUGUCUGCCAGCGACCUGCGGUCUUCCUGCAGAGUACGCCACGCACUUCUCUGAGGCUCUGUGUCGGGAUAAAACCAACUCGCCCGCGCUGCAGGUCAAAGAGGCCUCGGGUCACGUGCGUCUGGAGGGCUGGAUGAAGCAGCCCAGGAAUGGUAAGAGGGGGCAGCAGGGCUGGGAGAGGAAGUAUGUGGUGCUGGACGGGACUAAAUUAUCGAUCUACGAGUCUGAGCCGACAGAAGACUCUGUGAAGCCACAGGAGGAGUUUGAGCUGUGUUUGCCGGACGGUGAGGUGACGGUACACGGAGCCGUCGGAGCCUCUGAACUCAUCAACACGGCUAAAUCAGAUAUCCCAUACGUGCUGAAGCUGGAGUCUCAUCCUCACACCACGUGUUGGCCGGGUCAGUCUCUGUACUUCAUGGCUCCCAGUUUCCCAGAUAAGCAGCGCUGGGUGGCUGUUCUGGAGUCAGUGGUGGCCGGCAGCAGAGGAUCCCGAGAGAAAAGCGAAGCGGAUGCGGCCGGUGUAAAACGUCAGAAGACUCUCUCACCGCUGGUUCAGAAACUGCUAGGAAACUCUUUGCUGAAGCUGGAGGGAGACGACCGGCUGGAUAUCAACUGUACUUUACCACUGACCGACCAGAUCGUGCUGGUGGGCUCAGAGGAGGGUCUGUACGCCCUGAACGUCAUCAAGAACUCUCUCACACACAUCCCGGGACUCGACUCUGUGUUCCAGAUUCAGAUCCUGAAGGAGCUCGACAAGCUGCUCAUGAUCACCGGUGAGGAGCGCGCUCUGUGUCUGGUGGACAUCAAACGGGUCAAACAGUCUCUGGCUCAGUCUCAUCUGCCGGCGCAGCCCGACCUCAGUCCCUACAUCUUCGAAGCGGUGAAGGGCUGCCAUCUCUUCGCUUCUGGAAAGAUCGACACGUGCAUGUGUAUCUGUGCCGCGAUGCCCAAUAAAAUCACCAUCCUGCGCUUCAACGACACGCUCAACAAGUUCUGCAUCAGAAAGGAGAUCGAGACGUCUGAACCCUGCAGCUGCAUCCACUUCACCGGAUACAGCAUCAUCAUCGGCACCAACAAGUUCUACGAGAUUGAGAUGAAGCAGUACGUGCUGGAAGAGUUCCUGGAUAAGAACGACGUGACUCUGGCUUCGGCCGUGUUCGCCGCCUCGUCCCACAGCUUCCCCAUCUCUAUAAUCCAGGUGUCCAGCGCACCACAGAAAGUCGAGUACCUGCUCUGCUUCCACGAGUUCGGCGUGUUUGUGGACGCGUACGGCCGCAGGAGUCGCAGCGACGACAUCAAAUGGAGCCGCCUGCCUCUGUCCUUCGCGUACCGAGAGCCGUACCUGUUUGUGACGUACUUUAACUCUUUGGACGUCAUCGAGGUUCAGACUCACUCUGCGCUCGGGCCUCACGCUUACGCUCACCUGGACAUUCCCAACCCGCGUUACCUGGGUCCGGCCAUCUCGUCCGGCGCCGUGUAUCUGGCCUCGUCCUACCAGAACAAGCUGCGUGUGAUCUGCUGCAAAGGCAACCUGAGUCAGGAGGGAUCGACUGCAGAACCGCAGAGAAACGGCUCCACACGCAGGAAGAAAAGCGCUUUCUUUAUUUGUGCAAGAGAGUGAGAGAUCAUGAACAUUUUAACUUGUGAACUGUGUGAUGAAUAAAGUGUUGUUGUUUUUUAAAGGAGAAUACCCUGAGGAAUAUAUGACUUGUUCUGUAACGCACUGAAAACCGCAUCGAUGUAAUAAGAUGAACACGGGACGUUUUCUUCCUCUCAUUAUAUUAUAAUCAAACAUUUUUAGAAGUUCAGAUUUUGACUUGUCAUGUUAUUUAAACGCAUAAAUGUGUUGAAAAUGUGUUGUUAUGGAUAUGACGGAUGAGGAGAUGCGUUUCUCACUGUUAGAGGGUAAGUAGCGGUGUGAUUUAACCAGUUUAGUAGCACAUGAAUCUGAAUCUUCACUGGUCUGAUGGGUGUGUGGUUUAUUAUGAGCUCUGAAUGGGUCACAGUAAUAAUUGUAGAAGUAUCAUUAUUUCAUCUCUUCUCACUGGUGAACAUCUGUCAGGUGAUUGUGAACUUUCCUCUGGGUGUGUAAACCCUCAGUUUACCAUGGUAUCUGUGUAAGUCCAGUUUCUAUAGCCAUAAGAAAUCAAUUUAUAUGAAAUCUCUUAAAACUGGACAUGCAUGAUAUGAUAAAGCAGCAAAUGCUAAAUUCAAUGUUCUUCCAUGUUCAUCUAUGGUUAUGUUCAAUUUGGAAUUUAUGACAACUUAUAUACGCAUAUAUUACAUAUAAAACACAUUAUAUAUUGAAUAUACUGUAUGCCAGCAUUUAAAAGUUUUGGGUCGGUAAGAUUUUUUUAGAAAAAAGUCUUUGGCUCACGCAUUUAUUUGAUCAAAAGUACUGUAAAAAAAAAAAACUUAAAAUAUUACAAUUUAAUAUAGCUGUUUUCUAUGUGAAUAUCUGUUAAAAUGUAAUUUAUUUCUGUGAUGCACAGCUGAAUUUUCAGCAUCUUUACUCCAGUCUUCAGAGUCACAUGAUCCUUCCGAAAUGAUUCUAAUAUGCUGAUUUACUGUUUAAGAAACGUUUAUGAUUAUUAUCAAUGUUGAAAACAUUGCUGCACAAUAUUUUUGUGGAAACUGUGGUACAUUUAUUUUUUAGGAUUCAUAUUUGAUCAAUUUAAUUGAUAUAAUAUUAAUUUCUAUUAAAAAACAAAAUCUUAUUAACCCUGAACUAGUGUAUUUGUAUGUAAACUACUACUGUAUUUGUAUUGUAUUUAAAAAAUAACUUCUGCAUUUCUAACUACUUAUAUAUACAGUGGUAACAUUAAAUGUAGCUCACGUAUAGUUUACAGCCUAACAUUACAUUGUUUACAUUGUACAGUACUGUAAAACAACCCAUGAAAAUCAUCUUCACCAAUGAAUUUGCUUUGAAAAUAAAGUGUAAAUGAAAGGAAUUGACUGUUUGUUGAACACAACUUCAAGGUGCUUUGGUGGAAAGAAGAUAUUUACUAUAUUUACCUUAACUAAAUGAAGACGA